AUGCGCCAAGGCGGGAAAACGAUAAUUUUCUGUGCAGCGGGUGUGAGUCGAUCGGCCGCUCUAUGUCUUGCCUAUUUGGUGAAAGGUGAAGGGUUCACACUCAAGGACGCAUAUCAUCAUCUCAAUCAGCGCCGUCCAAUCGUUUCACCGAAUGUCGGCUUCUGGCGUCAAUUGAUCGACUAUGAGAAAGAGGCGAAAGGGGAUUCAACCGUCAACUUGAUCACUGGCAGAAUGGCUCGUCCGGUGCCGGAUGUCUACUUGCAUCGAACCCUCAAAACU